AUGAUAUUAGAUUUUCAUAAAGCUAGAAUCACAGAUUUGAAAUAUAAUAGACAAGGUGACAGACUAUUCGUUGCAUCACAUGAUGAUAACGUGUCUCAGUGGGAUACCUCUAAUGGUGUACUCAUCAACAAAUUUAUACAUCCCAAGAGAGUCAAUUCAAUCAGUAUCACUCAAGACUCUAGGUAUUUAGUUUCAGCUAUACCUGGCGCACUGUCUUUGUGGAAUACAAUCUCUGGUGAAUUGUUAGAGACUAUCGAUUUUGGAUACGGUACCUAUCUGAAAUGUGUUGAGUUCUCUCACGGAGAUACACAUAUUGUAUUCUCAUAUCGCAAUGUCAAAAUUCAAUCAAUGAUCAAAGUGUACUCUUUUAAUCCAGAUAACCAAAAGAAAUUGACACAUUUGUUUACUUUGCCGAUCAUAGAAUAUGACUUAUAUGGUUGUGUUACCUGGUCACCAUCGAACAAGUAUAUAUUGGCAAACGUUGGUAGUAGAGUUGAUAUCUUUGAUGUAGACACGAGAGAAUUGGUACAUUCUAUUCAUGUCAUUGGUUCAAUAUUGAAUGGUAAGAUCUCAUGGACCAGUGAUCAAAGCAUGUUUGUGAUUGGCUCCAAUUGUACCACCAUAUUGUAUGAAAACAAUACUUGGAGGCUCAUUCGCUCAUUUGAUAUUGGUCGCAGGAUCAGCGAUGCAACGAUAUCAUCUACUACUCCUCCUAUGAUUGCAUUUGCAACAGGAUCCACACCAGAUUGUGGUUAUCCAAGAAGAGAUAAACAAGGUGAUUUACAAUUCAAUAUCCGACUAUUCAACCUUGACAAUACACAACAAGUAGCAGAGAUAAAGGGUCACGAUGAUCCCUCAUACUCUAUUUCUUUCUCUCCAGAUAAUAAAUCAAUUGCAAUUGGCGGCGAUGAUGGAUAUGUCAUCAUAAAUCAAAUUUAA